GACUGAUCGUAGAGUGACAACACCGAGCACGAAUAGCAACAGAAGGUCUAUAAAAGGACGAAGCCGAGGCCCCCCGGACCGAGACGGCACAAAUUGACAGAGGCAGGACGAGAAACAGUGGGAGCCAGGAGACACAACACACGCAGCCGAGCAGAAGCAUCCCUGUUCCCUGGAACAAAACGGGCCUUAUCGCAGAGAACUUAUCGACCAGAUCGACUCUCGAGGUGACACAUCCCCGACAGGUCCUCCCGCAGCAGAGAUGAUGCCGCCGCGUGGCGUCGUGGAGGAGAGUAACGGUGUGGUGGUGAGAGCUGAGCUGACCUGCAGCGUGCAGGAGGAAAACAAGGCUCAAAGGGAGAGUUACAGCGCCGACUGGCACAGCGUCAGCCUCAAGACGCAACCGCAGGACAGGCAGACAGUGAACGAGAGUGACGACUCGCGCAGGGAGACACUGUCCCGGCAGUGGCGGGCCCGCUCGCUGAGGCAGACCUGUCCCUCCGGCGUCUUCAGAGUGGGUACCGUGGAAAGAGGGGCGAGGGAGCACCAGCUGCUGCCAAAGAGAAAGACUCUCCCCUUGCCCAUCUUCACCCCGGCCGAGCUGGGCGUCCGGCUCGGGCGCGGGGCCCCGCACGCGGGGGAGGACCUGCCGCCCUUCCUCACCCCGGACGGCGCCUGCCCCAACAAGAAGAGCGUGGACGAGAUCACGAGAGACCUGCCGCCGGUCAAGCCCAGACUCAUGGAGUUCUUCAAAGGGCCCAGAGACCUGGGGCGCUCCGUGUCUCAGGAGGCCCAGAGAGGGUGAAAGAAAAACAGAAAAGGGGAAAGAGGGGAUGUUAAGGAGAGACGAGUUGGGUGACAGUUGGGAGAGAUUAGUCAUUGAGCUUGUGUGUGUGUGUCAGAAAAGAGCAUAGGCGAGGUAUAAAUAGAUGCAUCUCUAGUGGCAUUGAUCAGAGCACUGCUUGUGUGCGUUGCCGUGCACACUACUGGUCACUGUGGGCAUUGGGUGGUAUCGGGAAUGUGUGUGGGGAGGCAUUUGCACAACAAGAGGGGGGUGGGGGGGGGGGGGCUCAGCUGUGUCCUGGGUUGAUCUCCACCCGAGCUGCCCAGCUGUUCCCGCCACAUCUGCUACAAACCCGACCAUACCUUCACCACACCGUGGAGGAUUAGGUUUUUGCGAUGAAUAGUGCCGAGCUCCUUGUGAACGAGAGUCUUCCCGAGGUUAUCGGGCCGGAGGACAGUAGGUGCUGAUGGGACGUGAUGACGCAGAAAGCCAGUGAUGGAAAGAGGGCGAGAGCCAAAGGGGAGGGCUUGUUGGAAAGUACCUUGAUGGGAGUCUCUGAUCUCUGUGAAGGGUACAGAAUGCUCUGGCAUGAUCCGACACAGCGUCUGUACAUAGUGUGCGUGUGUGUGUGUGCGUGUGUGUGCUGACAUCUCUACGCAAGAGGACUGAAACUAAUGACCUUAAGUUAUUCGCCUUGUUAGUCGAGUGCGGCUAAUGUGUAUGUAACGUAUAUGCUCGAAUUCUAAUAGAAGAAUAGAUACUUUACAGGCUAAGAUUAGUUCCUUGAACAAAUUUCAAACGUGUGUAAUCAUGUUGAAAGAUUUUACAUAGAUAUUUAUAUUUUUGAAUAAAAGAUGAACUGCCCUGC